AUGUUGCUCCAGAAAACAAAUCCCCCAAACUUUAACGUCCUCUUCAACGCCAUUGAAUUUUCUGAGCCUCUCGUUACAUUUGGACAACCCAAUAAUUCUCAUCCCAUGUUGCCUCAAACCACACCACUUUCACAGCAAAGUUCUCAACAUUGCCAUCCAAACUAUUCUCUAGAUAAUGUUACCUAUACAAAAUUGAUCCAGUACUCUACCAAAACUGGGUCUUUAGUCCACGGCAAGCUUGCUCACGCCCACAUGGUGAAAACUUGUUUUAAGCCCUGCCUGUUUUUGUUGAACAAUCUUCUUAAUAUGUACUGCAAGCGUGGAGAAUUGGAUAGUGCAUGCAAUUUGUUUGAUAAAAUGCCGAAGCGUAAUGUCAUUUCAUACAACUCCUUGAUUUCUGGAUAUACCCAGGUGGGUUUGUUUGAUAAGGCAAUGGGUGUGUUUAAUGAGGCAAGAAUGGCUGGUUUGAAACUUGAUAAGUUUACCUAUGCGGGUGCUUUGUGUGUGUGCGGUCAAACUUGUGACAUUGAGCUAGGUAAGCUGGUUCAUGGCUUAAUAGUCCUUAGUGGGUUGGGCUCAGAUGUUGUUUUGACCAAUUCUCUUAUGGAUAUGUACUCAAAGUGCGGUCGGGUUGAUCAUGCCAAGAUUUUGUUUGAGAAUUCUGAUAACUUGGAUGAUGUCUCAUGGAAUUCCUUGAUUGCUAGUUAUGCUCGAAUUGGUGCUAACGAGGAAACAUUGAGAACUCUGGUGAAAAUGCAUCAACGUGGUUUCAGCUUGAAUACAUAUACACUGGGAAGUGCCCUUAAGGCAUGCUGCAAAAAUUUUGAUAAUUCAGAACUAUUUGGGAAAUUACUUCAUGGCUACACGGUCAAACUGGGGUUGGACUUGGAUGUUGUUGUUGGCACAGCAUUGCUUGAUAUGUAUGCAAAGACCGGUGAUUUAGGUGAUGCGAUUCAAAUAUUCAAAGUCAUGCCUUACCGUAAUGUUGUAAUGUAUAAUGCCAUGAUUGCUGGGUUCCUCCAAAUAGAUACGUUUUCUUAUGAGCAUGCAAAUGAAGUGUUCAAUCUUCUUUCUCAGAUGCAAAGGCUAGGAGUUAAGCCCUCAACAUUUACUUUCUCAAUAAUACUUAGAGCUUGUAAGUCGGUUGAAGCUUUUGAGUAUGGGAAGCAAGUUCACACUCAAGUCUGCAAGUACAACCUGCAGGGAGAUGAAUUCAUUGGAAGUGGACUUAUCGAUUUCUACUCUUCAUUGGGUUUAUUUGAGGAUGCUUUGAAAUGCUUUAACUUAACUCCUAGGCUAGAUAUUGUCUCAUGGACAUCCAUGGUUGCAGGUUAUAUUCAAAAUGGGGAAACUGAAAGUGCAUUUGAUUUAUUCUAUAAACUCUUGGCAUCUGGAAAGAAGCCUGAUGAAUUCAUAAUAUCGAGCAUGUUGGGUGCAUGUGCUAAUUUGGCUGCAGCACGGUCUGGAGAGCAGAUCCAAGGAUAUGCUGUAAAAGCUGGCGUCGGGAAAUUCACUAUUGUUCAAAAUUCACAGAUUUGCAUGUAUGCAAAAUCUGGCGACAUUGAUUCUGCUAAUUUGACCUUUACAGAGACAGAGAAUCCUGAUGUGGUGUCCUGGUCCGUAAUGAUCUGUAGCAAAGCGCAACAUGGAUGUGCAUGGGAAGCCUUGGAACUUUUUGAGUUGAUGAAGAAUUGUGGAAUUGCACCCAACCACAUCACGUUUCUUGGAGUUCUGACAGCAUGCAGUCAUGGAGGGCUUGUAGAAGAAGGUUUACGGUAG